CGCCCACAUCUGACUCGAGACAAACCAGGAAACAGUUUGUGUGUGUGUGUGUGUGUGUGUCUUUAGUACAGAACCACAGACAGACGAUCAGAUCCACCUUCAGACUGAACUAACAACGUCCUCUGAGUGAGUUCAUCUACAGGAGAGAGGAGGAGGAAACUACAACACUGCAGACGCUCCACACACUGAAGCGUCACUCAGAGACAAAAUGGCUUCCAGGUUAGAGGAGGAUCUCUGCUGUCCGGUGUGUCAUGAUGUCUUCAGAGAGCCUGUCGUUCUGUCAUGUAGCCACAGCUUCUGUAAAGACUGUCUGCAGAGCUGGUGGACAGAGAGACGAACACGGGAGUGUCCAGUCUGUAAGAGAAGAUCUUCAAAGGAUCGACCACCUGUAAGUCUGACGUUAAAGAACCUGUGUGAGACCUUCUUACAGGACAGAGAUCAGAGAGCUUCAGAGGAUCUCUGCAGUCGGCACUCUGAGAAACUCAAACUCUUCUGUCUGGACCAUCAGCAGCCGGUGUGUCUCGUCUGCAGAGACUCAGAACAACACACCAACCACAGAUUCAGACCCAUCGAUGAAGCUGCACGACAACACAAGAAGGAACUUCAGGAAACUCUGGAGCCUUUAAAGGAGAAGUUAAAGGUUUUUGAAGAAGUUAAAGUGAAGUUUGAUCAGACAGCAGAACACAUGAAGGUCCAGGCCCGACACACAGAGAGGCAGAUUAAGGAUCAGUUUAAGAAGCUGCACCAGUUUCUAGCAGAGGAAGAGGAGGCCAGGAUGGCUGCACUGAGGGAGGAAGAGGAGCAGAAGAGUCAGAUGAUGAAGGAGAAGAUGGAGGCUCUGAGCAGAGAGAUAGCAGCUCUUUCACACACAGUCAGAGCCACAGAGGAGCAGCUGAGAGCUGAAGACGUCUCAUUCCUGCACAACUACAAGGCUGCAGUGGAAAGAGUCCAGCAGCGCCCCCUGCUGGAGGAUCCACAGCUGCCCUCAGGAGCUCUGAUAGACCAGGCCAAACACCUGGGCAACCUGAGCUUCAACAUCUGGAACAAGAUGAAGGACAUGGUCUCCUACACUCCUGUGGUUCUGGACCCAAACACUGCUCAUCCAGAACUCAUCCUGUCUGAAGAUCUGAGCAGUGUGAGAGGAGGACAGAGACAGAAGCUUCCUGAUAAUCCAGAGAGGUUUGAUUAUUACUGCUCUGUCCUGGGAUCUGAGGGCUUUAACUCAGGGACUCACAGCUGGGACGUCGAGGUUGGAGACAGUACACACUGGAUACUGGGUGUGUUAGCAGAGUCUGUCCAGAGGAAGAGACUCAUACUGUCUGGAUUAUGGAGAAUAAAGUUUUCCUCUGGUAAAUACUUUGUGUUUUCACCAUCAGCUCCAUCCACUGUUCUCGUCGUGCAGAAGAAGCUCCAGAGGAUCAGAGUGAAUCUGGACUGGAACAGAGGAAAGCUGUCGUUCUCUGAUCCUGAUACUAACACACACCUGCACACCUUCACACACACUUUCACUGAGAGGAUGUUUCCAUUCAUUCGUACUGGGGAUGAAGUGAAGAUAUCACCUCUGAAGGUGUGUGUGACAGUGGAACAGAGCAGGUAAAGAAGUAUUUCAUCUGUGGAAAGACUUAAAUAAAACUUUGUCUCUCUGCAGUAGAAAGACAAAUAUUUUUUAACUUGAUGCAACAUGAGCAGAGAAAACAGAGUAAAAGGACUGUGGUGUUCACUUCUACUCAAAAGGUAGAAAGACUACAACACCCAGAGUGCACAGCGCUGCACCUGAUUGGACGGGGCUCGGUUUUGGAUCAGAGGAACUUCUGAAAAAAGUUCUGACAUUCUGACACAGAGAUAAACAGAACAAUUAAUUUGGACCUGACAAACAUUUAAAAAUCAUUUAUUCACAAUCAUAAUAAUGUUUUUAAGGAAAAGAGACUUUUAUUCUGCAGCGUUCUACGAGCUCUGUAGAUGUUUUAUUUUAAAACUAUUUGUCAACAUAAAAAUGUUGUCAACAUGUAAAAAUCACAGAAUUCAGCCUGUUAAUCUUCAGCUGCUCCUCCUGCUGUCUCAUUAUGCACAAAACACACACGACACCAGGUUCUGCCAGUAUUCCAGAUCAGUGAGCACCAGCAGAUGCAACGCAAAGCUUGCCAGCUAACUUCACGAUCUGAGGAAGACUAAGCAAGUUAGCACCGAGCUGCUAUCCUGCAAAGUAAAGGACUGAACUGUUUCCUCCUUUUUACACACACACACACACACACCUGUAUAUAGUACAUGUUAGACUGUGUUUUCAUCUGUGUGUUGAAUAAAAUAAUU